AUGGUGGAGGAAUUAGCAGCUCAAAAUGAUCCCAACGCUCAGGAACAAGAACUGAAUUUGGGAGCCCAUAAAUCCUUCAAACAAGCUCUCUUGAAAUCUCGAUUCAAUGAGAAUGAGAGAGAACGAAACUUUGACUGUGAGGAGGCUUACCUCUCUUUUGAUGAGGAAAUGGAGAAGGAAGAGGAGGGAGAGGAUCAGUUGGAGUACAAAGGGACCAGUUCAAAUUCGGUCAUUAAAAUACCUGCUGGGCUUCUCAAAAAAGUUAGAGAACCAUGGCAAAAGUGUCUCAUUGUGAGAAUCUUGGGCAAGAAUGUUGGCUAUAAAUUAUUUGUGAAUCGUAUGCGGAAGUUAUGGAAUCCGCAGGCAGAUUUCGAAACUCUGGAUAUCGGACAUGGCUUUUUCAUAGUGAAAUUUGAAAUGAUGGAAGAUUAUUCCAAGGUAUACAUGGGUGGACCAUGGGUAAUGAUGGACCGGUAUGUGAUAGUUCGUAAAUGGCAAGCCGAUUUUAAAGCGGAUGAAGCAGAGAAGGACACAACCGCAAUCUGGGUUAGAUUCCUUAAUCUCCCUAUUGAAUACUAUAAUGAAAAAGUCCUUUACCAUAUAUCGAAGGCGCUUGGUAAACUUUUAAAGAUUGAUAUUAGCACUGCCGUGGCAGCACGUGGGAAGUAUGCCUAA